GCUUUAUAUAACCCGAGUCCUGGCGGGGUGGGCGCCAGGGGGGCGUGAGAGCAGCCGGCGCGAUGGGACGCGGUUCAGUAGCAGCAGCAACGGCACCGGGGGCGACGGCCACGGCCACCCGCCGCAGGAGGCACCUCGACGGGCGCCGCCCGCAGCUCCGCACUCGCCGGGUGCAGCCGCCCCGCCGGAGUUGCCGGGCCGGGCGAGGCGGCGCGACGGAGCCGGCCCCUCCUGGCCCGUCCUCGGCGAUGCUGCAGCGCUUCCCGGCGCUGCGCGAGCUGGUGGAGCGGCUGAAGCGGCGCCUGGGGGCCGGGGCGGCGGGCUCGGGGGCGGCGGGGCAGGGCCCGUGGGGCGCGCUGGGCUGCGGCCAGUGCGGGGGCUUCCUCUGCGAGCCGGUCUCGCUGCUGUGCGGCCACACCUUCUGCAAGGAGUGCGUGGAGCGGCGGCGGGGCUCGGCGCGGCAGCGGCGGCAGCAGCAGCGGCGGGGCGGAGAAGAAGAAGAAGCAGCCCCGGCGGCGUCCGGCGGCGUCUGCAGCCUCUGCCCGGGCGGCGAGAGCGCGCAGUCCCGGCUGCGGGUCAACGUCAUCCUGAGCCACCUGUUAGCCAAGGGUUUCCCGGAGCAGGUGCAGGCGGCGCGGCUCCGCCAGGAAGGGAACCUGCUCUGCAAGGAGGGGCAGCUGCAGGCGGCGCUGGAGAAGUACGACCGAGCCCUCCGCUUGGCUCCUUCUGAUCAUUUGCUGUAUCGCAACCGGUCGCAAAUCAAUUCCACUUUGAAAUGUUACGAGGAGGCCUUACGAGAUGCCAAAAUGGCCUGCGAACUCCAGCCUUAUUGGGUGAAGGGCCACGUGCGAAAGGGACAUGCUCUGAGUCUGCUGGGGAAGACGGAUGAAGCGUUUCGUGAGUUUCUGUUGUGUCUCGUCUUGGAGGGCAAGGACGAGAAGGCCGAAUCCGAGGCCACGAAGGCGAACACGGACCAGGAAAAGUACUGUGAAGACCAGAACAUGACCAACUGUGACAACUCAGGAAACCCCCUCCCUAGCCAGGAAGGAAGCCUGGAUGAGAACGGAGAUGUGGUCUCCCCCAUGGAGACUGUCGCUGGGAAGAAGAGACCCCAGAAGCAAAAACGCCAGACUGAAGUGGCUGCGGGUUCGGAUCUGCCUCCCAAAAUGGCCAAAAUGGAUCAAAGUGAUGAGCAAGAAGAAUCCAGUUCUGAAAAUUGUGUUGCCUUUGAUUGUGUGGAUCCAGCUGAUUUGGAAUGUUCCCUGUGCAUGAGGCUCUUCUAUGAACCUGUCACCACCCCCUGUGGACACACCUUUUGCCUACGAUGCCUUGAACGAUGCCUGGAUCAUAACCCCGAGUGCCCCUUGUGCAAAGAAGACCUCUUGGAGUGCCUGGCCAUGAAGAAACUUCGCAAGACGGUGUUGAUGGAGGAAUUAAUCGCCAAGUAUCUUCCGGCGGAGCUUGCCGAAAGAAAAAAGCUUGACGAGGAAGAAAUGGCUGAAUUUUCCAAUUUGAAUAAGAACGUCCCCAUAUUUGUCUGCACGAUGGCCUACCCCACCGUUCCUUGCCCUCUGCAUAUUUUUGAGCCCUGUUACCGACUGAUGGUUCGGAGAUGUAUGGAGACAGGCACCCGUCAGUUUGGCAUGUGCAUUAGAGACCCCGUCAAAGGGUUUGCAGAUUACGGCUGUAUCCUAGAGAUCAGGAACGUGGAGGUCUUCAAGGACGGGCGGUCCGUGGUGGACAGCAUAGGCAAGAGGCGGUUUAAGGUGAUACGGCACAGCAAGUGUGAUGGCUACAACACAGCAGACAUUGAAUACAUUGAGGACAAGAAGGUCCACGGAGAGGCCUCUGAACACCUGGCUGUCCUCCACAGCGCCGUGUACGAUCAGGCCCGCACCUGGUUCAACACUCUGAAAUCUUCACUCAAGAUUCGUAUCAUCCAUCAUUUCGGCCCAAUGCCUAUUAAAGAACCAGACCCACAGGUGAACCCCGAUGGUCCGGCUUGGUGCUGGUGGAUACUAGCCGUCCUUCCUCUGGAGAACAAAGCUCAACUUCCUUUCCUAGCGAUGACAUCCUUGAAAGCUCGUCUAAAAGGCAUCAGGAGCAUUUUAACCUUCCUCUUCCUCACUCAGUCAAAGUGACUGAGGUGAAUUCCCUUGCAUCCGAGGCCUUCUCUAACUCUCUCACACUGUCUCUCUCUCUCUCUCUCUCUCUCUCUCACACACACACACACACACACACACACACACACGCGCGCAACUUCCAAUUGUUGGCCGAUUGUGCCGAAGACAGACAAACUUUACGGAGGGCCUUAAAUUCUCAGGACUUGAAGUUUUUCCCACCUCUUGAAUGGAAAACAAAAGAAGUCCUCUCUCUCUAAGCUGCAGUAAUCAUUCAGCUGGUCCCAGCCUGGAUCUGCAAAGCAGAAACAGUACGAAAUGUUCCAUAGGAGACCUCAGGAGGACAAUUCCAAGCAAGGUUUUCUUGGAAUUCCCAGGGAAUGCUAUGAAUCUCCUCUUCCAGCAAACUUUUUUUUUGUUUUUGUUUGGGAGUUCCUUUUUCAGCAGCUGCCUUUAAAUCAAAGUUCCUACGUUCAUAUAGGCGCCUGUCUGAAUACUAUAUUAGAAUUGGACAAAGCAGACAUGAGUUCAUUUGUUCCAGCGUCCCUUAAGUCAAGGAUUAUUAUUUAAUUUAAUCUUUAUUUAGAACUGUUGCAUUAAAAUAAAUCCAGUUAAUGUGAAGCUAGAAUAUUCACAAAUCAGGAAAAACUCUAGUAGCCCCUUCUCCAGCUUAAUAAAACUUCCUAAAAAGGGACGAGCUUUUCCAAAGCAGAUAUAUUUUUAAUAAAAAGUGCCGGUCUAAAAAAAAUGAGGGGGAGGAGGCACUAGAUUCUUCUUGACUUUUUAUUUUGUUACCAUAGACUAAACUGACUGUCUUCUACAAUGUCUGAAUUAUUUUAACAGCAGCAAUGGAUUGCUGAAACCUUCCUGAAGGAUUCGGGAAUAACUAUAUAAUUUUGGUCACACCGAUGUUUCUGCUUGGAUUUUGGUUUUGCAGAGGGGUUUUUUUUUUCAGUUGUAAAAUGCAAGAGGCUAUGUGUGUUUACUCCAAAGUAAAUCCCAUUGCAUUUAA